AAUAAAAGGGGGAGAUCUGGGAGCUCUCCUCCAAAGUGAGUCUAUCUGCUCUACACAUUGGACCCCAGAGCCAACCACGACCACCUCCACCAUGAAGCUGCUGACAGUCCUCAUGCUCGCGGCCCUCCCCCUUUUCUGCUACGCAGGUACUGGAUGCAAACUCGUCAAGGAGGUGAUUGACUGGACAAUCGACGGUACCUUGAGCCCAGAAGCCUACGUAGAGCACCUUGCACCAUACGUGGCAGACGAUAAUGGCGCCACUGCCGAGGCUCUAAUGACCAUGAAGGAAUGUUUUAAUAAUCAGACAGCAGAAACCCAGGCCAACAUAGCUGUCAUGAUGGAAACAAUAUAUACCAGUCCUCAGUGUAAAUUGUUCAAAUGAAAAGGACGGCAGAGAAUGCUUAGGCAACAACAGUCCAAUGAGGCACACCCCAAAUCUUACUUCUUUCCUAGCUUUUGAUCUGCAAACUGCAAGACACCUGUUGAAACCUCAGAUACAUUUUCUUUUCAAUAAAAUAUCAGCAAACUAAACAAAA